GAAAGAUUAAAUUUUGGUGUGAAACUUUCAUUUUUUGCUCUAUGCACAACUUGCACAACACAAGGGUUAUUGACGUUCUCUCUUCCGUAGGUACCGGACACUGAAGGCAGGAACCCCAAGCCUCAUCGUUUGGGGAGAUCCGUCACAGUAUUCUGCUUCUCUUGAUGUGUGUAUAGUAGAGGCACAGUGACCGAAAACUAGGGUUUUACCGGUGAAUUCUGCUCAAAUCGCAGGCGGAAGCUCUCAUGGAGGCAACUCUGCUAUCUAAGCCUACGCUUUCCUCUGUUUUCUUCGGAAAGAAGCUGUGGAAUAGAGGGAAUUCUAAGAGUUCUCGGCUGUCUGGGUUGAAUUUCUCCAAGAGGUCUCUUUCUAGGUCGUUUAGUCUCGUGGCCCCGAAUUGUGCAAUGGAUACAGCUUUUGAAGGCAACAUUUCUAAAUUUCCUCGGGCUAAUGUAUGGGACCCAUAUAAGUGCCUUGGUAUAAGUCGUGAUGCUUCUGAAGAAGAAGUGUGGAGCUCUCGCAAUUUUUUGUUGGAUCAAUAUGCCGGCCAUGAGAAGAGUAUGGAAUCCGUUGAAGCUGCUUUUGAGAAAAUACUUAUGUCAAGCUUCAAGAAUAGAAAGAGGACUAAGAUUAACUUGAAGACAAGGCUAAAACAGAAAGUGGAAGAGUCUCCACCAUGGGUCAAGAAUCUGCUCAGUUUUGUGGAAAAGCCCCCUGGUGCUAUUAUUUUAAGACGAUUGUUCCUGUUUGGAUUUAUGGCAGUGUGGAGUGUAAUGAACUCUGCCGAGGCUGGUCCUGCUUUCCAGGUAGCAUUGUCUUUGGGAGCUUGCAUAUAUUUCCUCAAUGACAAGACGAAGAACAUAGCUAGGGCUUCCAUCAUUGGAUUUGGGGCCCUUGUAUUUGGUUGGUUUACUGGUUCGUUAUUGGUUCCUGCUAUCCCGUCAUCUCUGCUACAACCAACCUGGACACUUGAACUCCUAACAUCUUUGGUUGCUUAUGUCUUCUUGUUUAUCGCGUGCACUUUCUUCAAGUGAACAUCACAACCAGGCCAAGUUCAUCUCAUUUGUUUCUUGAGUUUCCUCUUCGCGAUUUGUGGUGGAUGAGUUUGAUGUUCUUGCAUUGACAACCAGAAGUUAAUACCAAAAUCCUUGCAACCCAAAUCUAAGCAUUACUGGCAUACUGCCCUACUGGAUUUUGGAAAUCCCAUCUUUGACCUUUCACACACACAUGUCCUCUAUGAAGUGUGCUUAUUUUGUGUUUCUUGCUAUUCUUUAGAAAUAAAUUGUAAUUCUACCCUGUUCGAGAAAUAAAAUUUGUAACACUACCAGGAAGACAGUGAUGAAGGUUAUUUCAGACGGAGUAUUUAAUUUGGUAUUAUUCUAUCGAGUAAUGCUAGAGUCACAAACAAAAUUUUCACAAAAUU